UGCUCUAUAUGCACUGCAGCAGCUUCAUCCAUCUUAUCAUACCCACUGUUGCCUUGAAAAAAGGAUUAAUCGCCAUCCUUGGUCCCAGCUCUCUGAUUGACAGCUAAAUCCCUAUGCCUCCUGCUUAGCAUGCGUCCAGCCCGCCUUGCAUGACACUGCCACUGCCUCUCCUCACAGAGCCGCAGCAGCACAAGAAGCAGCUUCCAAAUCUGUGGAGGGCUCAUCUCAUGCACAGCCCUAUCUGCACGGAAUCCAAUUAAAACACAGGAGAGACACUGAGACACAAGCAGCUCGACUCUCUUCUUUUUCCUUCUGCUAAUGAUUUCUGCGCUUUCCAGUCCCAGCUGAUGCCCCCCUUUUCUUCACUCAAUAAGUGCUUUUAGCAAAGGCGUAAAAUAAAAAAGAGAGAAAAUUAAGAUUAAAAAGGGGGAAACAGAUAACGGUGAAGGAGGAAAGAGAAGCCUUAUGCCCCCCUUCUACUCUAACAUGUUGGAUGUAUGGACAGUUUUGCAGAGCAAAGGUUGACACCUCGAAACCUUCCAGCCCCCCACCUCGACAAUUACAAUGUAUUGCACUGCACUAUGACCUUGGAUGUCCAAACUGUGGUGGUGUUUGCAGUGAUCGUGGUCUUGCUGCUGGUGAACGUGAUUCUUAUGUUUUUCUUGGGCACUCGGUAA